CUUUGUCUUGUACUGCUACUACUUCUACUAAUCUAUCUAUUAUCUCAAGUAUCUUCUGAUUUUUGGUAUUUCAGUAUAUGGGUUUUCCCCUUUCUUAAUGUUUUCAUGUGAUUAUAUGUUCAAACACCUAUGAUUUUUUAAAGAUUGACACUUCAAUCGCUGAUUAAUGAAUAAUAUGACUUCACUAAUUUUUUGGGUUUACCAGGUUCUUCUUCAUAUUUUGAUCGUUUUGCUGCGUGUUUCCCGAUUAUUAGGUGAUCUACACAGUUAUUAGGAUUCAUUAUUGAAUUGUAGAUAUGCCAAGGUUCAAGCGUUUGCAGAAGAAGCAAAAUUCAGUUCAGUCAGUAUCUCAUCCAGUUGCUGAAUCAGGACCUUCUUUUCUUCAAUCAACGCCAUGCCUGCCAACACAUCCGACCAUGUCAUUUCGGGCAACAACACAUCUGGCCCCAUCAUUUCAGCCUACAUCGCAGGCGACUCCAACAUUUCAGCCGGCAUCACAGCCGUCUCGAUCAGUUCACUCAAUAUCCCAUCCAGCUCCGAUGGAUCAGGCCGCACCACAGCCGGCUCCAGCAGUUCACCCAGCAUCACAGCCAUCUCGGUCAGUUCACUCGACAUCAAAUUUGGCUUCGACAGAUCAGGACUCACCACAACCAUCUCUGUCAGUUCACUCGACAUCACAUUUGGCUUCGACAGAUCAGGACUCAACACAGCCAGCUCCAACAGUUCAGGCCGCAUCCAAAAAGCGUUCUAGGUCGCAUUGGAUUGUAGACGCAAUAGAUUCAGAAGAAAAUAUCAGGAAACUCAGAGUGAAAGUUAAUGAAGUGAUCAAUUUAACGUGUGAAGAACGUAUUGUGGUUGAUUUUGAUUACUUGGAUGAACCAUUUGGAGAUGGACGCGGCCUUCUUUCACGCUUUUGUGGAAUUUUGGCAUGUGACUGCUCUUUAUUUCCAAUCAACUUUGAGAAAUGGUUAAGUUUACCUAUUUCAUACUUCAACCGCGUCUUCGAUCAAAUUAUAAAGCCCAAGUUCUUCUUUAGGACAACCGAGUCAGUUGCAAUGGGACAUGUCUAUAAAUCUAUUGGAAAGAAGUGGGCUGCAAAUAAAAAUAACUUGUGGAAGACACAUGAAGACCUGCUUAAAAGUAAAACUGAGAUUAUUGAAAGUGUGCCGGAUGGGAUUCCACGUGAUCAAUGGAUUUCUUUUGUUGAUUACCAAUAUAAAGAUUCAACAAAGGCAAUGCGAUUAAGAAAUGCUGAAAAUCGAAAGAAACAGACUAUACCACACACAGGCGGCUCCAAAGCUAAUGCUACGAGAAGGGCUGAAAUGGUGAGUAAAUUAACUUGCUAUGUAAUUAUUUCUAUGUAG